AUGGCUGCGGAACUUGAUUUGACUGCACUUCCCCAGUGCGAGUCCUCCAAGGCUCUCGAUAUCUUGGGUGUCACCCAAGACGACACUGCUGCUAGCUUGGAUGCCGCCAAGAACAGAAAGAGACAGAGUCUCUCGGACCUUUUCACCAUCUUUGCUAGCGGAUUCGCUUUGAUCAGCGAUGGAUACCAAAACAAUCUAAUGACCAUGACCAAUGUUCUUCUCAAGAAAGAGUACCCCAAGGAGUAUACCACCACCGUGAGCACCCGUGUUUCCAACGCCUUGCUGGUAGGCGAGGUGAUCGGACAAGUCAUUGUUGGACUCACAUGCGACUAUUUGGGCCGCAAGACCGCCAUCGUCUUUACCACCCUCAUGAUAGUCAUAGGCGGGAUCCUUGCCACAGCCUCCCACGGCGUCACAACCAACGGCAUGUUCUGGAUGAUGACCGUUGCGCGUGGCAUUGUUGGAUUCGGCGCCGGCGGCGAAUACCCGGCAUCCUCGACCUCUGCCUCCGAAGCAGCGAACAGUAUCAUCCCCGAACAUCGUGGCCCGGCAUUCAUCAUGGUGACCAACUUUCCUCUUUCAUUUGGCGGCCCCUUCGCCGUAUCGAUCUUCCUCAUCGUGCUAAUGGCCUGCCAUGAAGCUCACUACAGCACCGUGUGGCGCGUCUGCUUUGGUAUAGGAUGUAUCUGGCCGCUGUCGGUGUUCUACUUCCGUAUCCGCAUGCUUAACUCGGUCCUUUACCGGCGUGGGGCUAUUAAACGACAUGUCCCUUACAUGCUCGUGCUGCAGUACUAUUGGAAAUCAUUGAUAGGGACAUGCGGAGCUUGGUUCUUAUAUGACUUUGUGACUUUCCCAAAUGGCGUUUUCUCAGGAACUAUCAUAUCCUCCGUUGUGCACAAUGGCACGAUUCGCCAAACGGGCGAGUGGCAACUCCUUCUCGGCGCAAUUGCUCUCCCAGGUGUAUUCCUCGGUGCAGUUCUUUGCGAUCGCCUGGGCCGCAAGCCUAUCAUGAUGAUUGGAUUCAGCGGAUAUCUCAUCUUCGGUCUGAUUAUCGGCUGUGCAUAUAACCAGAUCACGAAGAUUGUUCCGCUUUUCAUUGUUUUCUACGGUCUCAUGCAGAGUUCUGGUAACUUUGGACCAGGCAAUAUGCUCGGGUUACUUUCUUCAGAGUCCUAUGCUACCGGUGUACGUGGAACGUGUUAUGGACUUUCGGCGGCGAUUGGGAAGGCCGGCGCCGCAAUUGGCACCCAGGCGUUUUUGCCUAUUAAGAAUCAUCUGGGAGAUAGAUGGACUUUCAUCAUUGCUGCUAUUUGUGGCGUUGUUGGGGUUCUGGUUACCUGGAUCUUUGUGCCAGAUUUGUCGGGCGAGGAUUUGAGACUUCGGGAUGAGAAUUUCCGCGCCUACCUGGUGGCUUAUGGCUGGGAUGGUGCUAUGGGUGAGGGUGAUUUGCAAGCUUACGCUGGUCAAGGGGAUCAGGGGGAUUCGCCUGUUGUUAACGGGGCCAAGACCGAGACCUAA